AUGUCAAUUAAGCUAGUUAUUAGAGGGUCUUUUUGGAAUAUUAUUAGUGUGUAUGCACUACAUGUACGCCUAGAUGAUGAAGAGAAGAAGAGAUUUUUGAAGGAUUUAAACGAGAUGGUGAGGGGUGUACCUAGUAAUGAGAAGCUUUUCAUAAGAGGCGAUUUCAAUGGGCACAUAGGAUCUCAUUCAAGAGGAUAUGAUGAUGUGCAUGGAGGACAUGGGUUCGGUGUAAGAAAUAUUGAAGGAGUGGCACUUCUAGAUUUUGCUCAGGCGUUUGGAUUGGUGGUAGUCAAUUUGAACUUUCCUAAGAAGGAGGUUCACUUGGUUACCUUUUAUAGUUCAGUGUCCAAGACUCAGAUUGACUUCUUGCUCCUCAAGAAAGGAGAUAGGGAUAUUUUUAAGGAUUGUAAGGUCUUGCCGAGGAGGCAACUAGAGAUGUGUUGGGCUCAAGAGGCCGCUAGGGCAAGCACCAAGGGGACUGGUGGUGGAAUGAGGAGGUACAUUAAGUUUGAGGAGGUUAAGGGGGCUAUUUGUAGGAUGCAUAGAGGUAGAGCGGCGGGGCCAGAUGAGAUUCCGGUGGACUUUUGGAAGUGCAUAGGAGGGGAAGGUAUAAAGUGGUUAACUCGGUUGUUUAACAUAAUUUUCAAGAUGGAGAGGAUGCCUGAUACCAAAUGGUCCUAA